UGUGGGGAAGAGGGAGAAAAGAAUUUGAGUCCACCGAUGUCACUCUUACCUACAGACCUUCCCUCCCUGGGACCAGGAAGUCCUGAACCCCAGCCUCCUCCUACCCCAGGACUCAGUAAUACUGUUCCCUCCCAACCCAGGCCCCAGAAAUCAAAGACUCCGGCACCCCCUUGGACCGAGACCCAGAAGUCCGGGUCCCCAGUGCCCUCCUCCUUCAGGUGUCUAACCCCGGCCGCUUAUCCCUCAGACCAAAGAUGGGGUCCACCAGCUCCCUCUUUCCAGGAAGGCUCCGGAGUCGGACCCUCAAUGUCAGCCCCGCCCAUUCAGAGACUGGGCUUGUUCAAGCGCGACUCGGGGACUCCCGGGCCUGUGGGCGGAGCCCUGCCCUUGACUGGGCGGUGCCAGAACCCCAAUUUAAAAACUCGCGGGGCACCGACCCUAGAUCGGGGACCCGGCGGCGGCUCCGCGGGGUAAGAGCGAGGCUGGCGCAGCGCCGAGGCCGCGGCCCUGGGGGCCCGCAAUCCGCGCCACGGAAUCCGCGAGUGAGCCGGAGUGAACGCAGCCACUGCCCAUCACAGACCGUGAAGAAGCUCCUGGAAGAACAGAGGCGCCGUCAGCAGCAGCCGGACGCUGGUGGGGUACCGGGACAGUUUCCGCCUCCCCUGGCCCAGCCCCAGACCGCAUCUGUGAAUGAGAGUGAGGCUGGCCAUUCCCGCUUCCCAGUACACCAGGAGACUGUGGGUUCUGGACUUGGCAGCCUGGCUCCCAGCACAGGCUUUCCAGACUGGGACCCCAACACGCAUGCUGCCUACACAGACAGCCCCUACUCUUACCCUGCUUCUGCUGCGGAAGGCUUCCCGACUCCUGACUUCUACCCGCCCUCCGACCCAGGGCGGCAGUGUUCAUUUUCUGUGGGGAUGGAGGACCCCCUGGAUACCCGGCUUUAUGCAGAACCUUCCGUGCCACAGGCAGGAUCCUGGAGAGGUUCUGGACUCCCCCUAGGGCCCCCACAGUUGCCCCCUGUGGCCACCGGACCAUCCCUGGACACAGCCCGUGCUCACAUGCUGGCUUUGGGGCCACAGCAGCUGCUGGCCCAGGAUGAGGAGGGAGACACGCUCCUGCACCUGUUUGCGGCUCGGGGGCUGCGCUGGGCAGCAUAUGCCGCAGCUGAGAUGCUCCAAGUGUACAAACAUCUGGACAUCCGUGAGCAUAAGGGCAAGACCCCUCUCCUGGUGGCUGCUGCCGCCAACCAGCCCCUGAUUGUGGAGGAUCUACUGAACCUCGGAGCAGAGCCCAAUGCCACUGAUCAUCAGGGACGUUCUGUCUUGCAUGUGGCUGCUACCUAUGGGCUUCCAGGAGUCCUCUCGGCUGUGAUUAACUCAGGGGUUCAGGUUGACCUAGAAGCCAGAGACUUUGAGGGCCUCACCCCUCUCCACACAGCCAUCCUGGCCCUCAACGUUGCUAUGCACCCACCUGACCUAUGUUCCCGGGUGCUGAGCACCCAGGCCCGAGACAGGCUGGCUUGUGUCCAGAUGUUGCUGCACAUGGGUGCCGAUCACACCAGCCAGGAGAUCAAGAGCAAUAAGACAGUUCUGCAUCUGGCUGUGCAGGCCGCCAAUCCUACUCUGGUUCAGCUGCUGCUUGAGCUGCCCCAGGGAGACUUGCGGGCCUUUGUCAACAUGAAGGCCCACGGGAACACAGCCCUUCACAUGGCGGCUGCCCUGCCCCCUGGGCCCCCCCAGGAGGCUAUUGUGAGGCGCCUGCUGGCAGCUGGGGCAGAUCCAACACUGCGAAACCUGGAGAAUGAACAGCCUGUCCACCUGCUGCGGCCUGGGCCGGGCCCUGAGGGGCUCCGGCAGCUAUUGAAGAGGAGCCGUGUGGCACCCCCAGGCCUGUCCUCUUAGGACUCAAACCCAGAACCUGGACUGAUUUUCCAGUCCCCACCGUCCUGUGGGACAGCCAGCGUAUGCUAAUGUUGCAAAUCCAUGAUAAUGUAUGUGGAAUGUCCUGCCAUCGGGGUCUUACAUUAAAACCCCAACAUGGCUGCUGGGGGUAAACAAUCCCCAAUAUUUGGGGUGGUGUAAUGCCCCUCCCCCACCCACAAGGAGCCGUCUUGAUGAUUUCUGUGAAAUCGAGGCCCCUUGACUGUUUCUGUGAAACACCCUAGACCCCUAACCCUUUCUCCACUGGAAUCUUUUGGGACCCCUUCCCUACUCAACUCUAGUUCAACUCACCUAGAACCCCAGAUGGGAUUUCCCUACACAGUACUUGGGGUACCCCCAGAAUAGCUCCCAGUGUCAUCCAGUAGAGCUCCUGAGAUGACCCCCCCCAAACCUCCCCAGGACCCACACCGUUCAGGUCCUUACCCCUGAGACACAGGAAGGACUCUCCUAGAUUGGAGUCCCCUGGGUCCUAUGCUUCCUAAUUCAGAACUCAGAUCUCCGCAUUUCCAGUGAAUCCCUCCCCUAUCUGAAACUCCUUAUUAAACUCAGUUUGGA